AUGAAGUUCACCGUUGCUACUUUCGUCACCCUCGUUGCGGCUGCAGCUGCCAUGCCCUCUUCCGAGAAGGCCCCCCAAAUCUCCCAGAAGAGCCUGAAGAAGAUCGACGAGACCAAGAACAAGUGCGGUGAUGCGACCGUCAACUGCUGUGUCAACGUCCCUAAGGACACCGAGGCCCCUAAGUAUGACGGCCUCAGUGGACUUCUUCAUGACCUCCUGGCUCCGGACACCGACGCCUACUGCCAGGCAUCUAGCAACCAGGGUCUGCUUGGUCUUGGCCUCCAGGGCCUUCUGGGCGGUAACAAGGACCACAUCUGCGACACCAAGGGCGUUACCUACGUUUGCUGCAAUGGCGGCGAGUGCAACAUUCCCACCGACGACAAGGAGAAGGAAGACGACUACUAA